AGCCGUCGAUCGUGCCCGAGCAGGGCACGCGCAUCGACUCUGGGACGUUUCAUCGAACGGGUUGCGAGCGAAAGCAAUGGCGAUCUCGAUCCACGCCUGCCUCCGGCCGACUCCGCUGCCGCCCGCUCUCCCUCCUCCCGCUCCUCCUCCUUCCCCCACGCUGUUCUCUCCGUGGUCUCAGAGGACGGAAGUCAGCUGGAGGAGACAGUGCGUGUCGACGGCGGCGUGCGUCUUGAUCGGAUCCGCCAUCGGGCUGGGCGGCGACGGGGAGGUGCUAGCCGGCGAGGUCAGGGCGGAGGCGGUGGGGUCGGGAGCGGGAAAGAUCGUGCGGUGGAGCGACAAGCGGAGGUGCCCACAGUGGCGGGAGAAUUCUUUGGAGAACAUCGUGCCGGAGAACCUCCCUCGACAGUCCGGCGGCCGGGGAUCCAAUAAGUUCGCGGCGUUUGGGGAGCACGUGACAGCUCCUCCGGUUGGGGUUGGACCGGGCUUGAUCCGAUUUAGAAGUGAUUGCUUUACUUUGUAGCUUGAUAAAUAUACACAAUAUGUAUUUUUUAAAAAUUGUAAAUAAAUUGUAAUUCUGGUUUUAAAAUUGAAAUGGAGUUUUAAAUAAGGAAGGAAAUUAAAGU